AUGUCAAAACUCUCUCUUGUUAGAUUGUCAUUGUUAGGGUUUCUAGUGAUCACCGUCGUGACUCCAUCGGUGAAGUCUGCCGUUCUCGGGGGGAAGACAAAUGUUGCCAACACUCGAACCAACUUGGAAAUUCAAGAACUUGGAAGGUAUUGCGUGAAACAAUUCAAUUUACAACAACAGAGCAAGCAAGGUAACGAAGCAUCCAUUGCUUUAAGUCCGUUGAAAUUUAGCCGAGUUGUGUCGGCUCAGAAACAGGUCGUGGCUGGUACCAGAUACGAUCUAAAGAUUGAAGUGACUCAACCCGAUGGAACGAGCAGGAUGUUUGACUCAGUUAUAGUUAUUCAACCAUGGCUUUUUUCUAAGAAGUUGAUCGAAUUCACUCCUGUUAAAUAA